AUGGGCUCUCGUCUCGAUUCUAAUUCGAGCGCGGUGCGAAAGCGCAUCGAAAAUCUACCCAAUCUAAUUCAACUUGGACCGAGGCUUAUCGAAGUCGAUUUAGACGAAUUUCGCGAUGAAACAGGCGAAGAAUAUGAGGCCUCUGCUUUUGGGGGCUUCGGAGACUACAUGCGACGCAAGAAAAUUAAACUACAGAAUCUGGAUGCUGAAAUCCGAGCGUCCUCUCGGGACUGCCCUCCAAUCUUCCGCGGGAUAGUUGCGCACGUUAAUGGAUACACCCAGCCCUCUUUACAAGAUCUACAUCGCCUCAUUGUCAGCCAUGGAGGGGGCUUCCUGCAAUACUUAGACAACAAGACGUCGGCAACCCAUAUCAUCGCCAGUUCGCUGACGCCUAAGAAACGAGACGAAUUCCGACGAUACCGCAUUGUGAAGCCCGCAUGGGUUACAGAGAGUAUCAAGGCAGGCCGCCUGUUACCAUGGAACGAAUUUCGGGCUGUGGAUGAAGGACAAUCUCAAAAGAUUUUAAAAUUCGGUGGCGGUCACAUGACUAGUGAGACCAACACCUUGCGGUCGGGGUAUAGAGAACAGUCCAAUACCAGCUGGUACAAUUCCCAGCUGCUGGCUGCCGAUUCGGGCAGGACUUCGGGACCUCCUCAGCGCUCGGAUUCACUAGCUAGGCAAAAUUCACCAGACUCUACCCCAGUCCAAGAACAGAGUGCUGGAACUUCAACAACCCUUGCUGGUGAUCAGUGGCUCCAAGCCAAUGAUCAAGAGCAAUCCACUACCACCCCUUCAAAGCAAAGGACUAUCCUGGAUUUAGAGGAUCCUGAUGAACUAGAGAGCCCUCACAAAGACGCUUCCGCUCGGAUCCAGGUCGAUCCAGUCUUGAGUAACAGCGCUCACAAACCGCUGAAUCUCUCUGGCUCGCAGUUCAUUAUGCCACCUCGGCCAGAACCAAAAGGCACACCUGCACCUGUGAGUGACAUUAGGUCCAAGCUCGCGGCACAGGCACGGCCUCGGAAAAGCCCCGGGUCUGCCUCUCCAUGUCCUCGGCCGCGUCAGUCACAACCCUCUCCAACGCAAUCCGAGAAAUCAUGCACUGCGGGCCAUUCUUCCCCGUCGCAACUGGAUCCAGAAGCUUUGGCUGCGUUACCAGAAGACAUUCGCAAUGAAGUAUUAGGCUACUAUGACCAGCAGUAUGCAGCUGCACCCCUAUCAGCUUUAUCAUCACCUGCCGCAGCCUCUCCUGUUGCAGCUCCUAGGCCUACAGAGGGCAAAAGGAACAUAUCGCCACCCAAGAAAGAGCCUACCAAGUCUAACAGACCCAAUAAUAGUGCUAACAAGACUCUUGCGAAGUUUGGAUUUAUCUCUCAGGCUGCUGCGCCAACCUCUAGCAAAGGGAGUCCUGGGCCUACUCCUUCACCUCCCCCGCCUGCGAAACAGCCCCAGGCCCAGCCUCAAUCUUCAACCCCCGGUGCUACAACUUCUCCGGGCAAAAGGGAGUCGUCUCCGUCAGAGGUACCGGUGUUUACAUCACAAGGCCUAUCGAAUUUAGAAGAUCUUCAGAAUGCAAUCAGCGCUUGGCAUUCAACCUUCAUAUCUGAUGGCCCAUAUAGUGACGACGUCGAGGCACUAUGUACAUACCUCCGAAGGGUGAUAACCGAGGAGAAUGAUACGGAAAAGGCAGUCUCUGUUGUACGAUGGUUGAUGUGGCUCGUUGGGCAGCAUGGACAGGAGGAGCCUCAGGUUUCCCCAGACGAGGACGUUGUUUCAUGGGCAGAUGCUAUUGAGACUAUGCAGCAGAGCGUUCGAGAUACUUUGAGGGCAAAGGGGCAACCUGCUGUGGACUUUGCCUGA